AUGUCGAAAGAAAUGGUUGACGAUAUGCUUAGUGUUGCUCGUGAGUUCUUUAAUUUGCCGGUGGAGGAGAAAAUGAAGCUUUACUCAGACGAGCCUUCCAAAACCACGAGACUCUCGACUAGCUUCAACGUGAAGAAGGAGAAGGUUCGCAAUUGGAGGGAUUAUCUAAGGCUAGAUUGCCAUCCUUUGGCAAAAUUCGUGCCGAUUGGCCUUCGAAUCCUUCGACUUUCAAUGAAUGCCGAUAAGCCAAGGCUCUCGAUAGCUUCUUUCCUCUGCCCGUGUGAUGGUGCACGUAUUAGUGCACCGAAGGGUCUUAUGUGUGGAGAAAGUCGAACCCUUUAUCGAGAUUUCACGUACGCAGAGUAUUACGAUAAGUUUUGGAGCCGGAAUUUGGACCAAGAUCAUUGUUUAGAGCUGUUCAAGAACUAG